AUGGACGCAAAGUUCCUCGCCGCUUCCCAGAAGCACCCCAUCGUCGAGGGCCAUACCUUCAAGUAUGGCACUGCGGGGUUUCGCAUGAACUCUGACCUCCUCGAUGGCGUGACCUUCCGUGUCGGUCUGCUCGCCGGCCUUCGCAGCCGCAAGCUUGGUGCCACCAUUGGCGUCAUGGUCACGGCGAGUCACAACCCGGCCGAGGACAACGGCGUCAAGGUCGUGGACCCCCAGGGUGACAUGCUCGAGCAGGACUGGGAGGCCCAUGCUACGCAGCUCGUCAACAGCAAGUCACACGAGGCCCUGCUCGAAACAUACAAGGAGCUCGCCGCCAAGCUCAAGAUCGACCUCUCCGCCACGGGCCGCGUUGUCUUUGGUCGUGACACCCGUCCCUCCGGCCACAAGCUUGCCAUUGCGCUGGCCGACUCGCUCGACGCCACCGACAUCCAAAGUGUCGACAGUGUCGCUCUCACUUUCGCUGUCGUGGAAAUCGCGAGGGAGAACAAGUCUCGUUGGUUCAAGGUCCAUGUCGGGCAUGAUAGUCAGGGGCGUCUGGGAGCGAGAUGA